UUAGCUGCUCGAUUUGAUCCUCAUUUUUGUAAAUACGGUUCCACACCUGGGUAAAACAGGGUACAGGUGUAGCAAAGUACGCGGACCAAAUCGAGUGAUUAAUAUCGCAGCUGCAUCAGAUGGUCUACACAAAAUUUUAUCGGCUUCUUAUACUGCAAGUUAUUAGACAAAACCAAUCAUGGUCGUGCGGUGUUGUCCAUGGCAACAGCCCACGUGAGCCGGGUUAUGUGUAUAAGUCUUCCUGAUGACCUAGCUGCAGCUGCAUCAUCGUUCUUGUCUACCCUCCCGGCCACAAACUGCAUCAGAGUUGUCCAGAAAGAAGAAUCUCGCCGCCUUCUUCAUACUGAAGAUCAGAGUCGGACGCUCCAGCAUGUUCAACAACAGCUCCGACCCAUGGAAGCUCACUGGGGAGACAUCUGCUCCAGAGUUUGUACGCUUACAGCCUUGCUACAAGUGGCAUCUACAGAACAAGACUGUAUCCAUUGCACAAGCCGACGAAGCCUGCUCAAUGCACGAGGACCUUGUGAGAUUAGGGACAGGGACUGAAAUAUGGCUGUUGGGAUUUCUCAUCAUCAUCAGCAAUGCCGUUGUGUUCCUGGGAAUCAUUGGAACCAGAGAACUCCACAGACCCAUCUACAUCUACCUGGCAAAUCUGACAAUGGCAGAUAUUUUCGCAGGUAUUGGACUUCUGUAUCGAACAGCGGGUCAUGACUUACAUAACCUGAUGUAUGAAUUUAUGAUGACUUAUCAGAACUUGAUAGUAUUUACUCAGAUGAUUUCAACAUCAGCGUUAACUCUUUUGUCUGUUAACUCCUACGUUGCUUUAAGGCAUCCUAUAUGGUUCCACAUCCACGCCGACAGUGCCAAACUGCGUGCAGGUGUAGCGAUGACUGUUUCAUGGAUUGUUUGCUCCUUGCUUGCCUUCUCACCCAAUAUGGGCUGGAACUGUAUCUAUAUGCAGACCCUGACCACGGGUAUCUGCAUUUCAUAUUACCCUCUGCCCUUUGUCAUCAUUUCAGUAUCUAUUUGGCUCUUGAUGUGCAUAGUCAUAAUGUUUACCAACAUAAGUGUAUUCAUAGCAAUCAGACAAAUGGAAAAGAGAAGGCUUCAACAGGCUUCUAGGGAAAAUGGUCCAGUACAAAACAGGGAUGGGGGUAAUCCGGAAAACAACGGUUCACAACUGGAGGCACAGAGGAAAUAUGAAGAAAGGGUGCACAAGUCCAGGACUGUGAUGAUUCAUGUAGUUAUUUGCUUUCUCUUCUGGUUAUUACCACUCCUUUUAGUAGCAGUGUGCUGGAGUAGCCAAGAUUUCUGCCCUCGCUCGAUUGAACUCUUUACGGGUGUUACUCUGAACUCACUUAUAAACCCAAUUGCAACACUUAUCCGCAUAAAGGGCGUAAGGGACACAAUCUGGCGUAAACUAGCAGACAUCUAUCGAACACUUGUCGGUGCAAUACAGAGAAACAUUGUGAACCCACAGGAAGACCGAGCUGAAACAGGAGAUGCCCAACAUCUACAGGAAGGUCAAAACGGUCCGACUCCGGUUGAUUAGCCUUAAGUU